GUUGUCUCUCGCACGGUGACUGCGAGGCUGUAUGACACCAUUUACGGGGCUAGCUGUAAACUGAUUUUAGCUACUGUGAAGCUAGCGGGUUAGCGGCCCAAGGUAGCGUCACGCUUGCUUCUUGGUAUCCCCGACUGCCUAGCGUAAAGAGCCAUCUAAAGGAUUUAGUUGUCAUUUUGGUUAGCUAAAGGAAAAGAUGUCGACGAUGAAGAAGCGGCGCCUGCUUAAAGUUAUCAUCCUCGGCGACAGUGGUGUGGGCAAGACGUCUUUAAUGAACCAGUAUGUGCAAAAGAAGUUCACCAAGGAGUACAAGGCGACGAUUGGCGCUGACUUCCUUACCAAAGAGAUUGAAGUGGAUGAUAAGAAGGUCACCAUGCAGAUCUGGGACACGGCUGGCCAAGAGCGCUUCCAAAGCCUGGGUUCGGCGUUUUACCGAGGGGCGGACUGCUGUGUGCUCGUAUUCGAUGUAAACAAUGCGAAGAGCUUUGACGACCUGGACAACUGGCGUGAUGAGUUCAUCAUACAGGCUGCCCCUGCCGACCCGGACAACUUCCCCUUCAUGGUUCUGGGCAACAAAAUCGACGAGAGCGGCGCCAACCGGCAGGUGACCGAGAAGAAAGCCAAGGCCUGGUGCGCCUCCAAAGGCAGCAUCCCCUACUUCGAGACGUCGGCCAAGGAGGACAUCAACGUGGAGGCGGCUUUCACCUGCAUCACCCGCAAUGCACUGCGCAAUGAGAAGGAGGAGGAGCUGUUCAUGCCGGAUGCGGUGGACAUGAACACCUCCGCCACGCAGCGGAAGCGCACCGGGUGCUGCUGAGGGGGCAGACAGCAGGCGGAGGGCAAGGGGAAUUCAAUUUGUUUGACAGCUGUUGCAGCGUUGACGGGGGCUCGGGCAGGGUUAGUUAGGAUACUUCGUUACUAGGGUAUGAAUUAGGAGGAUACCAUAUGUGGGAAUAUGCUUUUGGAGAGCGUAGGCUGUCGAAGGCACAACUUGACGCCAUAUGCGUCGUACGCUUUAGGGACGAGGCAUCGUACCGUACACGGAGUGGGCUGCAUUGUGAGUCUUUCACCUUUAGUGGAUGCGUCCUUAUUGUCUUUGGUGGUGAUCCACUACAUCCACGUUACUUUUAUGCAAGCGGCAAGCCGUUUUUGUGCAAAUUGCAAGUUGGGGCUGUCGCGCACCCUGUCGAUUACUGAACAUCAUUGCACAGGUUAUUCUGUAGCAAAACCGCUGGUACCUCUGAAGGUUACGUCCGCACGAUUACGCAUACAUACAACAGUUCGAGCUUCGGCAGUGACCAUCACAGCUCAGGGCAACUGCCGAGCCAUGCCGUCCGAAACAGCUCCAGUAACAGUGAUCAGCUUCGAUGUUGAUGGAACGCUAAUACAUUCAGUAGGAGAGAGCGCUAACAAAUUACACAAAGAUGCUUUCAGCCAUGGGUUCAAGGCUGUGUUUGGCCUUGAUACAAACAUCGAUGUAAUUCAGCAUCAUGGAUCGACCGAUCCACUCAUCAUCAUCAAGGUGCUGGAGCAUCACGGGAUUAGCAAGGAAGAGGCCAUGUCCAAGCUCCAAGCGGUGCAGGCGGAGAUGGAGCGCUACUUCACAGCGCACAGGGACCAGGCGGCGGUGGGCCUGGAGCUGCUGCCGGGCGUCAAGGAGCUGCUGGCCCGCCUGCAGUCUGUGCCCCGCGCCGCCACGUGUCUGGUGACCGGCAACUUGGAGCCCAUCGGCUGGGGCAAGAUGGAGCGACUGGGCAUCCUGGAGCUCUUCAGCCAGCCCCGCUUCGGUGGCUUCGGCAGCGACUUCUGCUCGGGCAACACGGCGGAGACGUGGCGGGACCGGGGGGAGUUCGUGCGCAUCGCGGCGCGCAAGUGCGAGGAGCGACAUGGCCCGGUGGGCGCUCGCUUCCAUGUGGGUGACACGCCCAUGGACAUCCAGGCGGCACUAGAUGCGGGUGCGGUGGCCAUCGGAGUUGCCACCGGCAUCUACAGCCG